UUGCCGGCCGCCUUCGCUGGCUUUGAUCCACGCUGGCAAUUCAUCAGAAACCGGCUGUGCUUUAGCUCGGCGUGGUACCACUGAGAAGCGCAUCCCAAAGAGCUUCCUACAGAAAGGUUUAAAGAUGAAGAUCUCUUGGCUGGCCUGUGGAACCCUGGCAGUCUUCUGGGGAGCAGUUCUCGGAUCAGAUUAUGACUAUGCUCUCGAUGAUGAGACAGUCCUGGUUGACAACAAGUGCAAGUGUGUAAAGGUGACGUCAAGCUUUGUCCCUUCCAAAGACAAUCCUGAAGAAGAAGUCUUGGAGAGAAACAUCCGGAUCAUAGUUCCUCUCAAGAGCAGGGAAAACAUCUCGGAUCCCACCUCGCCAGCAAGGACCAGAUUUGUCUACAAACUUUCCAAACUCUGUGACAAGUGUGACGUGGCGGCAGCCAACAUGGGUGACCAAGGAAUUGUUGCUGGGAAGAGAGUUCCGCGCUCUGACCCGGAUGAAUCCUGCUAUACCUACGACAGGAACAAAUGCUACACGGCCUCAACUCUGUUCUCACAUGAGGGAAAGACCCAGCCCAUUACGACAGCUCUCACCCCUGAAUCGUGUUAUCCUGAUUAGAAAUAAGCUGUAACAUCAGACCUCACAGGCAGACCUACACUGCACGCUUCUACUGGUUUUAAAUUACUGGUAUGGCUUCCCCUCCAAAUAUUCUGAUGUUGAUAGUUUGUUGAGUGUGUUAUAGGUGGCCAACUUUCUAGAGAUCUCUCAGAAUUACCAUUGAUCUCCAGACUGCAGAGAGAUUGGUUGCCUGGGAGAACUGGGCAACUGUGAAUGGUGGAUUGUUUGUCUCAAUACCUAGCUGAGGUCACUCCCCUUCCCAAACCCCGCCCUCCUCAGGCUCCACCCCCAAAUCUCCAGGAAUUUCCCAGUUGGGAGUUGGCAACCCUAGCGAGAAUUCACAAAGACUCCACAACAGAGAAAGGGGGAAAUGUAGCCCGGUGAAAAAUCUAAGUCCCCUCCCCUCCCCCCCCCCCGUAUGGGCGGCUGCCCUCCCGCACCACGACCAAACACCUUUUUUUGCACCAGGUCUUGAAGUCAGUG